AUGAGAAAUUUUAUCAGAAAAAAUAAAUGUAAAAAUCAUUUAAAUAAAAAUGAUGAAAUGAAAAAUGCAAAAAAAACACCGACUGCCUCUACGGAUAUUUUUCGUGUGCUUGAAAUACCCCAAAAUGAUGAGGCGAUGCCGACAAAAACAUCCACCAAUAGAUAUGUACCUUAUAGUCGUUAUAAAGGCAAAACAUACAUAUAUGUCGAAGGAGAAGAGACGGACGAUUAUGUUCGCGAUAUAUCUUCCUCUGAUAUUACAUCUUCAUCAGAAAGUGAAUAUGAAGAGAUAGAUAUCAAUGAUAUAUAUGGGUAUAAAUCACCUAAAUAUAAAACUUUGAUCGAAGUAGUACUAAAACCAAGUAGCAAAACAACAUAUGAUGAUACAUCUAUGUACAAAAAUGAUAAUAGUAAUAAACUUACAGAUGAGGAAUGGAAUCAAUUAAAACAGGAUUUUAUUAUUAAUAUGUUACAAUCUGAUAAUAUGGAUAUAUCUCUUAAAAAUCUAAAUGGAAAUACUACAAAUACACAACCUAAUAUUGUUGAUAGUAGUAUGGAAGAAAAACCUUUUAUUACAUCUAUUCAAGAUAGAUAUUUACAUGGUGAUAGCGAAAUUAUAUAUAAUAUUGAUUGGAAUGUUCCAGAAAAUAUUAGCGCUAAUACUACAGAUGAGCCAAAAUAUCUUUCAAAUAAUCAAUAUACUGGAAUUGAUUUAAUCAAUGAUUCUUUAAAUCGUGAUAAACAUAUUGAUAUAUAUGAUGAAUUAUUGAAAAGAAAAGAAAAUGAAUUAUUUGGGACUAGACAUCCAAAAAAUUCAUCAACAAAUCUUGUUGUCAACGGAACACAUAGUGAUCCUAUAAGUAAUCAAAUAGAUCUAUAUCAUAAAUGGUUAGAUAGACAUAAAGAUAUGUGCACCAAAUGGAAUAAUAAAGAGGAAAUGUUGAACCAAUUGAAUGAUAAAUGGAAUAUGGAACAUAACGAACAUAUAUUAGAUAUACCCUUGAAUGAUAAUGAUAUUAAUAGAAUUAAUGAUGAAAAUUAUAAUAUGAUUAAUACAAACACACAUGAUGGUGAUGACAAAAUAUCUCUUGAACAUCUUAGAUCUACAAAUAUCUCAUAUAAUGAUCUUACAACAACAAAUACGAAUGUUCAAACAAAGAAUUUAAGCACAAAUAUAUCUAUCGAUAUACAUUUUGAUGAAAAUAAUAAUAAUGUGUUGACCACUAAUGUAAAAAGGAACGAAAAUCAUUUGGAAAAUUCGUACAAUUUUUGA